CAGUAUGUGGAUUUUGAGUUUUGAAUAGUUGAGUGACCUAUGCUAUCAAAAGUUAGCCAGCGCUUUUGACAGUAGUAGCAUAGAGGCUCCAGUAGCACAAGCUAGCCUCACAAUAGACGGAUGCAUUAUCCCUGCUGGCAAAAACAGAGGUGUUCAGGGUGUGCUGGUGCUAACGGAGAUUGUUAGCAGAAUGUGAAAAAGUUAGCGUUCGUCCUUUGGAGAUUGAUCUGAAACAUACUGUGUGAAAGACGUGUACUUGGUGUUGAAUUCAACAUUGGCGUAGUUAUGAGACCAGUCGAAAUAUUUAGUCUGGUAUAAUCUGCAGGAAGUUAGCUAGCCAGACGGCUAAUUUUCAGACUUGUAGAACACCAUGUACGUCAUUGCUGGGUUGAGCACCAGGAAAUGACUGAGUUGACUGGGAGCAUUUUGUACUUUUUAUUUCCAAUGAACGACGUGGAGCGCCCUAUGCCUUGUUUUGUUGUUUUAUAUGCGAUUUAUAAACUAGAGGCUAUGGUGUGUCAUAUCACAUUAGCCAUGGGUCGUAUCUAGCUUUUUUAAAAGCCAGUUUUUUGUUUUUAAUCCACAGCGCAGUAAACGUCAGGGAUGUUUGUUUUCCCCGCAUAGACGACGUCCUCGGUCCACACUCUACGACUAGGACGCUGUUCUUCUUGGCGGCCUGGUGGAGCAAGGGGGCUAGAGACUAGUCCUCUGUUUUGGUGAAUUGGCGUUCUUCAUGUGCGCCUGAGCCCACAAUAGGACCAUCAUGUCAUUCUCGGCCAAUUGGUGGAUCCUCAACGUCUUAUUUAUGACAGUUUACAGUAACCUGGAACUUGCAUCCAGCUCGGCUCAUUAUGGCGAGCGGCCGGUGAAAGUUUUACCGGAGCGGCAGGGGGAAAUCCGCGGCAUGGUGACCAGCCGCUGGCCCUUGCGGCCGGUCAACAGCACCUGGGUCCUCCUGGCAGGCAAACGGGAGCCGGUCAUUAUCAGCUUCUCACAGUUUUCUGUCCGAUGCGGGAGAGAUUGGCUGACCAUUGCAUCGUCCUCAAGUAAGCCCGUCUCCCUCUGUGGUUACGAGCGGCCGGGGCCCAUUGAGCUGACGGGGCGCGUCACCAUAACACAUCACUUCCUGCCACGCGGAUCUCAGCAGGCGUUUCGCUUGUCUUAUAUCAAAGGUUCCCCACCUUGCACAUGGGAAGAGUUCCGAUGCUAUACCGGCCACUGUCUCCCAAUGGCGUGGCGCUGCAACGGCCAAACCGAAUGUUUGGGGGAGCCUCAUUCCCCUGGCUCAGACGAAGUGGACUGCAUGUACCAGGACUUCAUGAAGCCAGUAGCUGCCGGUGACAUCAAGCAAAAUGUCAGACUCAGCACAAUACCGACCACAACCACCACCACCACCACCACCACUACUACUACGACCACCCCACCAUCCGCGGCCCCCACCCUGCCGGACGGCCGUUGGCACCUCCGCAAGGGCCCCGGCAUGAUGCCCGGCCCUCACAACGGCACGUGCGGUGGGGUGCUGCACAGUUUCUACGGCUCGUUUUGGCCCGCGGGGUGGCUGGUUCCCCCCCAGGAGUGUGUGUGGACGGUGGACCCGGAGGACCCGCGGCCCCUGCGGCUGGAGCUCCAGAUGCUGGAGCUGGGACCCGGAGACACCAUCAACAUCACGGACCAGCGGCACGGGGAAGGCAACGUCAUCAAGACAAUCACCUGCGCGUCCAACUACAAAGUGGUGGAGGUGGAGUCGCGCACAGGCGUCAUGUCCCUGGCCUACCACACCAUGCCGGCCUCCGAGGGCCGCGGCUUCAACGCCACCUACCGCAUCAGCGGCUACUGCCUGCCCUGGGAGGGCGUGUGCGGCGGCUCGGACGGCGGCUGCUACACACAGAAGCAGCAGUGCGACGGCCACUGGGACUGCGCGGCCACGGGGCGCGACGAGGAGGGCUGCGGGGGGUGCCCGAAAGGUCACUUUCUGUGCGGGGCGCCGGGCGCGUCCCACCCGGGCCACUACGGAAGCCGUCCCGUCUGCUUCACCCUCAAGGACCGCUGCAACUACCAGCUGAACUGUGUGGACGGAAGUGACGAGAGGGAGUGCACCAUCUGCCAGCCCGGAACUUUCCACUGCGACAUGGACAGAUGUGUGGUGGAGAGCUGGCGUUGUGACGGCCAGACGGACUGUAAGGACGGAACGGAUGAGAUGAACUGCACGCUCACGUUGCCCCGUAAGGUCAUCACCGCGGCCACCGUGGGCAGCCUGGUGUGUGGCCUGCUCCUCGUCAUCGCCAUGGGCUGCACCUGCAAGCUCUACUCUCUACGCACUCGAGAAUACAGCUUGUUUGCUCCAAUCAGUCGUCAAGAGGCGGAGUUUAUCCAGCAGCAGGCUCCUCCCUCGUACGGACAGCUCAUCGCCCAGGGCAUCAUCCCCCCAGUGGAGGACUUCCCCACCGAGAACCCCAACGAGGCCACCUCUCUGUCGUUGCGAAGCAUCCUGCAGCUCCUCCGCCAUGACAACAGCUCCUCCCCUCGCCGCCGCCGCCGCCCGCGAUUCGUCCGGCGGGCCGUGCGUCGCCUGCGGAGGUGGGGCCUCAUCCCCAGGCCGGCGCCCAGGUCCACCUCCAGCGCCAACCCCACCAGCUCCACCCCCAACCCCACAGACGCCCCCUCUGCUGGCAGCCCGGAGACCAACCAGCCCAGCUCCGGUGGCGGAAGCCAGGCAACAGCCAGGGAGAGCUCCAGCCAGUCACUGCCCCAGAAGGCCGGCCUGGUGACCCAAAGCGAACAGCUGCAGCAGUCUGCAUCUCCACAGGAAACCUCCCAGCUCCCAGUGCCUCCCCCAUCAUCAUCAUCAUCAUCAUCAUCAGCACCCACCCCCACCUCCACCCAGGCUCCAGAACCGCCCCACAGCCUGCCAGUCACCGUGCCACCCCCUCCCAGCAGCCCCUCUCUCUCCUCCAUCUUCCACUCCCUGGGCAUCAACAUCUCUCUCUUCCGGCCCAGCCCGGCCCCCUCGCUGGCCUCGCUGCCGCUCUCCUGCUCCCCCUCCUUCUCCUCCUCCUCCACCUCCACCUCCUCUUCCUCAGAGGACGAGGUGCUGCUCAUUCCCCUGUCAGAGGACACCGUCUCCGUCUCGGACGACGAUGUGCCAAUGCUCACCUGACUCCGUUCUCACCUCACCCGACCCCCCCACCCUCACCCCCUUUGCCAGCGUCCUCUAAAUUAUGAGCACAGGGGGCGCCGUUGUGCACUUCUGCAAUGGCCACGUGCCUUCUUUUCCUGUGUACUGAUUUUAUGAUACUGCAUAGGAUUUAUCCAUAGUGUGUGUAUGCGUGUCUGCCUGUGUGUGUAAAUGUAUGCAUGUGUGUUGAGGGGGGAUUGGGGGGCUGCUAAUGUGUUUCAAAAACACUGAGGAGAGAGGCUGGUGAGCCUUCCAGCCCCUCCCCUUCCCUGGCCCUCCCCCCGAAAAAGGUGUCUUUUAUUGUGAUAUUUUGCUACUGAUGGAAGUGGUGAUUUAACGUUAAGCGUGUAAAAGCUCUCCCCCUACAGUGUAUUUUUAAGCUUCUGAAAGAUGAUGAUGGGGGGAUGGGGGGGGGGGGGUUUGUAUAAUGCUGGCCUCCAAAAACAAAUCAGUAUCCAGUUCUGAAUGAUAGACACUCAAGUGCCUUUUAGCUCGCUUUUCACAGGACUAAUACAAACCAAUAAGACAAGAGAUUAUGGCGAACAACACAUUCACUGACGCACAACCCACAUUGUUCACCAACACAUACACACACAUCAUCAUCACCUCGCCCCUAUCAAGGAAAAUGUCUUUUCCUUCACAUGCUGACAAGGAUGGAAGAGGAAGCACGCUUUGUGGGGUGAAGGAUGUAAAAAUUCACCCAUGCACGCUUAAAGACUGAUUUAGCUGUAUAAAUCUUUGUGGACUUUUGCCUAUUUAGCUUCCUUGGUAGAGCACUUUAUGUCCUUAAAUGCCAAUGCCAACCACCUUGAAUAUUUUUGAUCUGCAUGUCGACAUUGGCAGGAUCAGUGUGUGUUUUUUUAUUUUCCCUGAACCAGUGGCGGAAAAAAAAGCAUUCUGUUGUCCAACUUUGUCAGCCUGCAGAUACAUUGUGUUAUGAAAAUGUUACUUUUAUAGGAAUAAAUGUGGCCGUGAGCUCUAAUGAUACUUCGUUCAUUGCCAUUGGUGAAAUAAGUCUCCAACAAUAGACAAGCUUACCUGUAGACACAACCAUGAUCUGGAUGAUUGAGAAUCUCCAGUCAAUUACACUCCCCACUAUUGAUUCAUGUCAAAAAGGCCCUAGCCAUGGAAAUAAUCCUGAAACAAAAAAAAACUUACAUGAUGAAGGAGCAAGAUGGAUCUAGCCAGUGCCAUUGCUAAUUUAGAAAAUGAGGGAAAAAUAUUUUCUUGUUUUUUAGACUUUCUAGUUUUAUUUUCAGACGAGAUGUUAUGACUUCUG